CCAAGGGGGUCUUUUGUACAACUAUGUCAACAUGGUGAAUUCAUGUCUCAUGGAACCACUGAGCUCUGCUUUCGCCUUGUCCCUCUUCUGGAAACGAACAACAGAAAGUGGUGUGUUUUAUGGAUUACUAAUAUCACAUGCAGUGGGAAUAGUGAGACUCGUUAUCGAGUUCAUGUUUCCGAUUCCACCAUGUGGUAUGCCCGAAACGAGGCCUGCUUUUCUAUACAGAGUGCACUUCAUGAACUUUGGUGCUAUCCUCGUAUUGUUUAGCGGUAUUGUCAUCGUCAUUCUCAGUUUACUCACCAAACCAAGAACUGAAGAACAAAUGGAAAAUGUUACCUACUGGACAAGAAUGAAAUGCCUGCCUUCAAAACCAUUGACGAGAGAAACGGAAAUGGCAGACAAGUUCGAGGAACAAGACAAUUUCUCUAACAAUAGAAAUGAUAGUGAAGAUAAUCAACUCAGUGAUUCUGUCGAUAUCGAUAACUCUACCGAGGAGACUCCUUCAAAUGUGUGCCGAGAUCGCCUCUUAGUCGUGCUUCUCGGAACCUCGAACAAACAACAUA